UGUAACGUCUAGAUAAUGGAGCCUGGACCUGCCGAAUCCUUGCGAGUGGACAGUGAGCGAGUGAAUGCGACGGAGCUGGGACUGUUACUCCAGUGUCGCCUAGUCAUGAGCGUGGCCGCGAGGCGGCUGUCGGCCUGCGUGCCUCAGGAAGCCCUCGGCCGACGGGCUUCACUCACCGCCUACGACCUCGCCCCACAGAUGUGUCACAUCGACUCUACAUUUCUCUCUCCGCACGCUGAAUGGAAUGGCUCGUCCGUGCAAUGUGGGGCACCUUGCAAGCACGUGCCCUGCUCAACGCUACGUACUCCAACACAUACCCAUUAUGCUUCUCUUGAGUUGAAGGGUGUUAAGUCGCCCUUCAUCUUCCCCUCCCUCAACGCUGCUCGUCGCCUGUCUGGCGAGGAGCAACAGGGACGGCUGUUUCCCGACCACCUCUCCGGCAGGAGGCGAUCCUUUGAUGUGAGAUGGAUCUCAGCCCAGAAUGUCUCUGCGGACAGGCGCCGCAGCUCCCUCAGGUCACCAUCAUGGCGGGCAGAGAAGAGAAAUCCGUCAUCAGAGCUCGUUAUUCCACAAAAGAAACAAUACGUUGCUUCCACAUCUCCAGGACAGCGCUUCUUUGGUUCGGUGCGGGGGUUGGACGAGACACAGGAUGACGGAGACUCGGCCUUCAACUCUGGACUAGCAACACUCCAACUGAACCUCCUCUCUCCGAAUCCUCCCAGACAGCGGCGACAGUCCUGCUGGGGUCCCUCUGUGUUCUCUCCAUCGCCUGACACUCAAAGAUCCCAGACUACAGUAUCUGCCACACGUAUGAGUCCCAGUCUGGCGACGUCCCCAAGCCUGUUGUCCCUGCCGCGUGUAUUGUCUCCCCUUCCAACAUUCCGUCCGAGACCAGUGCCUAGCGAAGACUAUGAACGAGUUACAAACAGAGGAGGCAAGGAAGACUCGUCACAGAGGAUGAUGGGAGAAGGUCGCGCCAGCAAGACGGUGGCCGAUGUCACCAUUAAUUCAGCAGGGCCAACAGGAUCCCCCAUUACGUGUAUCGUCCACCAUUUCAAAGGCCACAGUGAGGAGCUUUAUCAGUCGACGGAUGAGUUUCCUUUAGUGUGUGGCGGGACUUUGUGCGGCCGGCCUGCUGCUGCCCAGACCCGCCGCGCCUCCUGGCACACCACCAGCUCUCCCACUGCCAGCUGCGCCAGGCAUCACCAAGCCGCGUUCCAUCUCAGGCCGGCUAGUAUCUUCAAGGCCUCGCGCCAAAACCACGCGUGUCCUGGCAGUGUCCUCGGCAAGGGAGGUUUUGGCGUCGUGAAACUCGGUACCUACAAAGGGCACGGCGUGGCUGUCAAGGUGCUGAGGGGACGGCGGGCGGCGGCCACCUCCACCAGGGAGGCCAAAGUGCUCUCCCUCGCGCCUCACGCUCACCUGGCCUGGACGUUAGCGGUCGUUACGCACGUUGUCAAGGGCCACGCCAGGGUGUCCUGGGCUCGCAUGUUUGGGAGGGAGGAAGAAGUGGUGAACCAGCAGAUGCUGACAUCUAUGUUCAGCCUUUCGACUGAGGACACGCAUGACACAUGGUGUGAUGAACAGCAGCAGCAGCAGCAGCAACAGCAAGAGGAGGGCGGAGCGCCUUGGUGGGCGUGGAUAGUGAGCGAGCUGUGUCUGCCGCACUCACUCCUCACACUCAUCAAUGACACCUCGCUGACCCUCACCAGUGAGAUGCGAGUCAGGUUCACGCUGGAGGUCUGUCGCGGUCUGGCACACCUCCAUGCUCACGGCGUCGCGCACAGGGACCUCAAGCCGGCCAACGUGCUCCUUACUGUAGACGGUCACCUCAAGAUAGCGGAUUUCGGCUGUUGUGCCAGACUUGAUGAGCUCGACGAUGACGUUAUUUUGGGGACGGUGAGGUAUCAGGCCCCGGAGGUGCUGCGGGGGGAGGCUGGAGGAAGCCACAGCGAUGUGUUCUCCCUGGGUGUGACCACCUGGCACCUGUUGACCCGCACCCUGCCUUAUGACGGCCUGCACCCCCACAUCGUCAUUUACCAGGUGGCGCACCUCAGACACCGUCCCACCGACCACCAGCCACACCCUGGCCCACGCGCCUUCCUUGACGCUGUGCUGUGGCGCUUCAUGCACACCUGCUGGGCCGAGGAACCCGCUGCCAGACCCACCGCUGCAGAGCUGUGCAGGAAUUUAACAAUCCUUCACCUUGCCUCAAUUCCCCUUAAGUGUACCGGAGUCUCCCACGGCCGAAUGUCCUGCGGCAAGCGUUCUCUCUUUGCCUCCUUGCACCUGCCGCCGCCAUCACCGCUGCAGUGAAAUUUUCUUCCGCAACCUGCAUUUCCUUUGCUGCAGGUUUGUUGUUUAUAAGAUAGAAACAAUGUUUAUGGUUCAUUCUGGUAUUUUUCUUUUUUUUUUUAUAAGUUAAAGCUCGGGAGUAUUUCUAUUCAGCAUUCGAAACUUUUUGUUAUCUUUUUAGCGUUUUAGCAUUGUGUUCUUAGUAUUGCGUUACGCAUAAGUAAACAUUGAAAAAUUGUUCAUUCAGAGUUUAAAGGUUGUAAUAAUUUUAUUGUCGUUCAUGUAUUUCUCAUGCUUCUUAUCAAAGGGAGAAAGGGAGCCAAUAAUGAAUCACAUUACUUAAUAUUGCUUUAAUAUAUUUGCCUUCCUUGCUCAAAGAAUAUCCCUUAUGUGGAAUUACAUGAUUAUUUUAACUUUAAGUGAACGAUUUCUUCCUUGGUACUUUAAACUUGUCAUAAUGAAGUACCAUGUUUUCUACCAAUAAAAAUGUACUAUU